CAGCCCCACCCCCAGCCUGGCCUCUGGGAACGCGGAUCGGAGCCGCGGUGGACGCUCUAGCUGACCGCUCCGUCACCAUGGACGCUGAAGGCCUGGAGCUCCUGCUGCCCCCGACCACCCUGGCCGCCCUGGCGGACAGCUGGCUCCAGGAGGACUGUCCGGGCCUCAACUUCGCAGCUCUGGUGACCGGGGCAGGCCCCGCGCAGGCGGCACUGUGGGCCAAAUCGCCCGGGGUCCUGGCCGGACGGCCUUUCUUCGAUGCCAUCUUUGCCCGGCUCAGCUGCCAGGUGUCCUGGCUCCUCCCGGAGGGCUCGAAGCUGGUCCCGGUGGUCAAGGUGGCCGAGGUCCGGGGCCCUGCGCACCGCCUGCUGCUGGGGGAGCGGGUGGCCCUGAACACGCUGGCCCGCUGCAGCGGGGUGGCCAGCGCGGCCGCCUCGGCGGUGGAGGUGGCCCGGGCCGCGGGCUGGGCCGGGCGCGUGGCCGGCACGCGGAAGACCACACCCGGCUUCCGGCUGGUGGAGAAGUACGGGCUCCUGGUGGGCGGGGCCGCCUCCCACCGCUACGACCUGGGCGGGCUGGUGAUGGUGAAGGACAACCAUGUGGUGGCCGCCGGCGGGGUGGCCAAGGCGGUCCAGGCUGCCCGGCAGGUGACAGACUUCACCCUAAAGAUAGAAGUGGAAUGCAGCUGCUUGCAGGAGGCCAUGCAGGCCGCUGAGGCAGGUGCAGACCUCCUCUUAUUGGACAACUUCAAGCCUGAGGAGCUUCACCCCACAGCUGCUGCGGUGAAGGCCCAGUUCCCAAGUGUGACUGUGGAAGCCAGUGGGGGUGUCACGCUGAGCAACCUCCCCCAGUUCUGUGGGCCCCAGAUUGAUGUCAUCUCUCUGGGGAUGCUUACCCAGGCUGCCCCUGCCCUCGAUUUCUCCCUCAAGCUGUUUGCCGAAGGGACCACUCCAGUGCCCUACCCCUGCCGAUCCUGAAGUCGUGAUUGGCUGGACACAUCUUUAGUGUGACCUGCCAGGCCUGACUUCACCUCUGUUCACCUCAGUUUCCUCAUCUGUAAAAUGGGUCUAAUAAACUCAACCUGAUGGGCUUUUUUAUGGUAA